AUGAAACACCUACUGCUGGUCACCCUGUCUGCCCUGUUCUGCUGCUGGGUCUCAGCUGACACUAGAUGUCACUCCUGCUACAAGGUCCCAGUGCUGGGCUGUGUGGAUCGCCAGUCCUGUCGUCUGGAGCCGGGCCACAAGUGCCUGACAACAAACGUGUACCUUGGAAAGAUGUGGGUUUUCUCUAACCUGCGCUGCGGCACACCGGAGGAGCCCUGUCGAGAGGCUUUCAACCAAACCAACCACAAGCUCGGCCUGAACUACAACACCACCUGCUGUGACCAGGACAACUGCAACAGCCCAGCUCCCAGGCCCACACCUGCGCUGGCUCUGGUCUCCCUCACCUCCUUGGCCGGCGUUGGCCUCUGGCUAUUGCACUGA